UACGCUGAAUUUCUUUUCCGCUCGCCCCCGGAAUGAAGGCCGGCCUGUGGGAAUUCAGAGUCCCUCACCACGUCGGGCGGCCCUGUAACAGCUCUCAUUUUCCCCACGCCAGGCCACCCCCUCAGACCCUUACGGAGCCCUGACUGAAAGCUCAGCUUAUUUUCUGACGUAAUUUACUCCCGUAAACUUUUAUCAAGCUCCUCCUCCGAGCCAGCAUUCAAAAUGGAUUUUUUAGUUCUUUUCCUGAUUUACUUGGUCUGUGUUCUGACUGGUGUUUUACUGCUCUGUGUAUAUUCCAAAAGGAGCCAUUCCUUGGCAGGAGAAAUCAUGACAGAUGGAUCACAGGUAUUUUCACGUUUUAUGCCAGGGUGGCUACAAAGAGCUACACAAAGGGUAUUUCAUCACCUCUUCCAUACACGAAACUGCACAUUCAUCAUCCUGCACUUGGUCUUAGAAGGGGCUGUUUACAGUGAAUACACUUGGGAAAUAUUUAAUUACUGUCAAGAGCUGGAGUUCUCAGUGUAUCAUCUUCUCCUGCCAUAUCUGCUGUUGAUGAUAAACCUGUUUUUUUUCAUUUUGAGUUGUACAAGUAACCCUGGGAUAAUAACAAAAUCAAAUGGAACAUCAUUUCUUCAAGUUUAUGAAUACGAUGAGGUGAUCUUCUUGAAAAACAUGAAGUGCCCUACUUGCAACUUGAAGAAACCAGCCAGGUCAAAACAUUGUAAUGUAUGUAACAGAUGUGUACAUCGUUUUGAUCAUCACUGUAUUUGGGUGAAUAACUGCAUUGGUGCCUUAAAUGCAAGAUACUUUUUAAUCUACCUCUUAACAUUGACUGCAAUGGCGGCAGACAUUGCCAUCAUAACUACAGCAUUUCUGAUCCAUUUGGUGCUCAUAUCGGGUAUGACAUUGGGAACAUAUUUUGAUGACCAUGGACAGGAACAACCUGUUGAUAUUGCUUUUCUUAUACAGUACCUGUUCUUGACUUUUCCAAGAAUUAUCUUCAUGCUCGGAUUUAUUAUUGUGCUUUGCCUCUUACUUGGGGGCUACGUAUGUUUCACUUUGUACCUGGCAAUUACCAACCAGACCUCCAAUGAAUGGUAUAAAUCAAGCAGAGCCAAAUGUCAUCGGUGCCAUAAUUCAGACCCUGUUCAGGAAAAACCCAAUGCCUACAGAAACAUUUAUACCAAGGGUGCUUGGGCCAACUUACAGGAAAUUUUUAAGCCAAUUACAGAUUGUGAAAAAAAAAAAUAAAGGUGGACAAAGUG